CAAUUGAAAGUCAUAGAGAAACGCGGCUCUAUAAUAUAAUAUAUAUAAUAUAAUCACUCUAACUCUCUUUAUAUUUAAGCGGUUUAGAGAACAUUCGUUUUGCCACAUAUUUCUGCAUACAUAUGAUGUAAAUGUGGAUUUAUAAUGUCGACAUUUUGUUUGAUCCAAUAGCUGCAACAACACAGAAAGACGUUUAAGCAAUGAAAUUGUAUAUAAGUUAACGCUUUCGUUUUUAAAACCAUUCUUUACGGAACAUGAAUACGACUAAAUAUAACCACGACAGCAAAGUAUAUGUCAUUUUGAGAAAAUAAAAAUAUCGAGUGUUUUCGAGAGUUCGGCUGAUCUGAUGAUCAGGUCUGAAAGCUGAUCGCCGAGAAAUCGAUGGAACUGCGGAAGCGUUGUGUUCAGCGGCGACCAAAAAUAAGCAUUAAACAACAAAAAAUCAAGUCUGGAACAUGCUGAUAGGAGAAGGAGAAAUGUGAUCUGAUGAUGUCGACUGAUCUUCCCCUGUCUUGAUCAUCUCCAGCUUUUGUCAGGGUUCAGAGACCGUUUUUUUAAAACAAUAAUAAUAAAAGGACAUGUAUAAGAGAGAAUCUCUUUCCUAACACUGUGACCUGUGAACCUACAUUACCUCGUAUACGAUGUCCCCUCAGAAACUGAACAGCAUCUCUGUUAUUGUAAGUCGUCUGUGAAGGUGGUUUUAACAAUCAUCCCAUCAACACCAUGUCAUCCACCUGCCAAUCACGCUUAGCCCCGCCCUCUGGAGUGAGUGACGGUUCUCGCCGUUCAUCUGAGCGGCACGCCCACUUGAUGCUGGCUCAGAUGAAUAAGAUGCGCCUGCACUCGGAGCUGUGUGACGUGCGUCUGCUGGUAGGCGGUCGGCCGUUUCAGGUCCACCGGUUGGUCCUGGCGGCCAGCGGCCCGUAUUUCUCUGCCCUCUUUAACUCGGCCAUGAGCGAGGCACGUGAGGAGGAAGUGCACAUCGCCGGGGUGGAGGCAGACGUGUUUGAGUCUCUGCUGGAGUUUAUAUACACAGGCUGUGUGGAGGUGACGGUGGAGAACGUUCAGGAUCUCAUGAUGGCAGCCGACAUGCUGCAGCUCGGCGAGCUUGUGCUCAUCUGUGGAGAGUUCCUGAGGAGCCACAUGGAGCCGAGUAACUGUGUAGGAAUUUAUCAGUUCCUGGAACAGAUUGGUUACAGUGAGCUCCUGGAGUUCACACAGAACUACAUCCACGCCCACUUCCUACAGGUGUGUGAGGCGGAGGAGUUCUCCAGCCUGUCGAAGGAUCAGCUUGCGUUCUUGCUGCGCAGUGAGGAGUUGAGGAUUGAGGAUGAGUAUCAGGUGUUUACGGCGGCCAUGAGCUGGCUCCUACACGACAUCACACACAGGAAGAAGCACGUGGUGGAAGUUCUGGAGCCGAUCCGUUUCCCUCUGCUGUCACCACAAAGACUCUACGCCUACAUCGAGGGUGUCACUGACUUCAGCCUGCGGGUGGCGCUGCAGACCCUGCUGAGAGAAUACACAGAGUCGACCAAAACACCCAAAGACCCCAAAACAGUCACACAACCGACAAAAACUCGGCCCCGGAGGAAAGCACGCAAAUACCUCUAUGCCAUCGGUAAAUUGUGUGUGUGUGUGUGUUUCUCACUCUUGUUCAUCUUUCUUACACUUGUACCCUUUCUCACCGCACCAGGAGGUUACACUCGUCUGCAGGGGGGGAGAUGGAGUGACAGUCGGGCUUUGAGCUGUGUGGAGCGAUUUGAUUCGUUCAGUCAGUUCUGGACCACGGUCUCCUCCCUCCAUCAGGCCCGCAGCGGGCUGGGUGUCGCCGUCCUCGACGGCAUGAUCUAUGUCAUCGGAGGUGAGAAGGACUCGAUGAUCUUCGACUGUACAGAGCGCUACGACCCUGUUACCAAACAGUGGGCUGCUGUGGCUUCACUCAACUUCCCACGCUGUGGAGUCGGGGUGUGUCCGUGCCACGGCGCUCUCUAUGCACUCGGAGGCUGGAUUGGUUCUGAAAUCGGGAAGACGAUGGAGCGUUAUGAUCCUGAGGAGAAUAAGUGGGAGGUGAUCGAGAGCAUGCCCGUACCACGCUACUACUUCGGCUGCUGUGAGCUACAAGGUUUCAUCUACGUGAUUGGCGGGAUCAGCGAUGAGGGGGUGGAGCUUCGUUCAGCCGAGGUCUAUGACCCCAUUUCCCGCCGCUGGCGAGCGCUGCCAGUCAUGAUGACACGGAGGGCAUAUGUGGGUGUGGCCUCGCUCAAUAACGCCAUCUACGCGGUAGGGGGAUGGAACGAGGCUCUCGGCUCGCUGGACACCGUGGAGAAAUAUUGUCCUGAGGAGGAGCGGUGGGUGGAGGUGGCGUCCAUGUCGGUGGCACGUGCCGGGGUUAGCGUAGCCGCUGUUAACGGAUUGUUGUACGCAAUCGGAGGUCGGAACUCUGGGCGGGAUUUCUCGGCUCCGGUCACUGUGGACUCGGUGGAGAUUUACGACCCGCACCUGGACACGUGGACUGAAAUAGGGAACAUGAUCACGAGCCGCUGUGAUGGAGGCGUGGCUGUGCUCUGAUGCUCCUCCCCUUUACAUGUUUACAUGUUUACGAAGCACUUGAGUGUAACAUUGGCGUCGUUUAUACCUAAACACAAAGGCGCUGGCUAAGUCGCAGCUUUGUGUUAUUGUUACAAAGAAUAUAGUAAGCAUGGUCACAUGACAGGGGUGUGGCAGUGCUCUCACUGACUCCACCCCUUUCUGCCUAGUUCUCACGCACUAUUGGCUAACUGCGUUCAUUCCGUCGUCCCGUUUAUAUUAUGACUGAAAUUUGAUGAGUGAAAAAAGAUUUUGAAUCAUCAAGCACAGACAUUUCAUGUGUUUUUAUUGCUGUGAUGAAAAGUGUUUCUGUGGUAAUGUGGUGUGUUUCUGUGUAUUUUUGUGUGUAAAUGAAAUUUGUUACUCUACAUGUCACACAUUUCCUACAGCUCUGAUUAAACUAGCUAAUUAAAAUUAGCUUCACAGCGGCGCGGCUUCUGUUACUGGAGUUAAGUGUUAUAAAGGUUUCUGAUAAUCGCUACAAGAAACUCAAGCUAGCAAAUAAGCCAGUCAUGUUUCAGUAGCUAGUUAAUUCAGGACUAUUCAGACGGGAUUAGUUUUCUCACGUCUGUUAAGUAACGUUGCUUUAAUUAGCACGUGUCUUAGGGAGUGUGUAAGUGUAAGUUACCUAAACCUGUUCGGAUCAUCACUCCUGUGACACACCCUUUAAAACAUCACAGUUCAAAACAUUUUAAUGUCAUCUUUAACGUUAUAAACCAGACGCCUGUGUGACGACGCCAAGUAGCUGCCUGGAUUUAAUUAGCGUGCUAGCUGUCUCCCAGCACAUAAUGUUUGUGCACCCUGGUUAGUUUCCCUUCACUGGACUUUAAGAGUUCAAGCCCUGCUCCAGCAUGACCAUGUCCCUGUGCUCCAUGAAGACCUGGUGUGGAGGUGAAGGUU